CAACACGGUCUUGCACCGCUGCCUGUCUCAGGCGUCGUUCUACCCAAUUUCUCCUGACCGUCAAGGCGUGGCCAAACCCUCUUCCUUUCUCGCCGCUCAUCCCGUCCGUCCGCCGCCAUCGUUCCCUCUUCCAUCCGACCCGAUCCAUCGUAACUCGACAUCGGGUGACCCCCGAAAUCCGCCAGCAUGUCUGCCGACCAAUUCAAGACGCGGACGAUGAAGAGGAAGAAUGUGAAGGGCCUGGCUCUAUCGUCCACUCCGCGUCCGCCGGUUACUGCUACCGGCGACUCACAGGUCGCUGGCGCCAGUGGCAAUUCUCGCUCAGAUCGCGGCGAUACGUUGGAGAUUGGCGUGGAGUUCCGGCUGGAUCUUCGGGCGGAAGAUCUCGUCGUCCUGAAAGAGCUGGGUUCGGGCAAUGGUGGGACCGUCAGUAAGGUCCAGCAUGCUGCCACCAGGGUGAUCAUGGCCCGCAAGAUCAUCCGUGUGGAAGCCAAGGAGGAAGUGAGGAAGCGCAUCGUUCGCGAACUCCAGAUCAUGCACGAAUGCAAUUCUCCCUACAUCGUCUCGUUCUACGGUGCCUUCAUGAGCGAGACAGGCGACGUCAUCAUGUGUAUGGAGUAUAUGGACUGCGGAUCCCUCGAUUCCAUUUCUCGCAACUUCGGUCCUGUCCGAGUCGAUGUCCUUGGCAAGAUUGCCGAGGCCGUGCUCGGUGGACUCAGCUACCUCUACCGCACCCACCGUAUCAUGCACCGCGACAUCAAACCUUCCAACGUCGUCGUGAACUCACGCGGUGGAAUCAAGGUGUGCGACUUCGGCGUCUCCUCGGAACUGGAGGGCUCGAUCGCCGAAACUUUCGUCGGCACCGGCACCUACAUGGCCCCCGAGCGCAUCCAGGGCUCCCCGUACACCGUCAAGAGCGACGUCUGGAGCGUCGGCCUCACGCUCAUGGAGCUGGCGAUCGGCCGGUUCCCGUUCCAAACCGACCCCGCGGAUGGUGGACCGCAGGGAAUCCUCGACCUGCUCCAGCAGAUCGUCCUUGAACCUGCGCCGAAGCUUCCGAAGUCCGAUGCGUUCCCACAGAUCCUCGAGGACAUGAUUUCCAAGUGUCUGCUAAAGGAUCCGGCUCACCGACCCACGCCGCAGGAACUCUUCGUAAGUCUACAUCCCUCCGUGACUUUGUGGUGGAAACCCUUACUAACAGCCAUUCAGGAAGCCGAUCCCUUCCUCCUCGCCGCCAAACGCACCCCCGUCGACCUCGAAGCCUGGGCCAUCAGCAUGAUGGAACGCCACAACCGCAAAUCCCACCUCAUGCUCGGCCAACCCGCCUCCAACGCCACCAAAGCCCACAUGCUCCGCUCCAUCCCCGACACCACCGUCACCUCCUCCCUCCCCUACGCCCAACCCCCUUCCUCCCUCCCUACCGACUCCCCCAGCUCCGGCUCCACCUCCACCUCCGGCACCGCGCCUCCCGUCCCCCUCGGCCACCCCAUGUCCGCUACCGACGCAUACAUGGAUGUCGACGUGCACAUGAGCAACCUCUCCAUCGACGCCCCGCGGAUGGCCUCCUCCGCCCGCGACCCCCCGAUGUCCCGCGAAUUCCAGCACCGCCCCGCCGAUCGCCAAUAUCCCGCUGACCGCCAAUACCCUGCCGAUCGUCAAUAUCCCGCCCGCACCAGCAGCGCCAACAGCUUCGGAAGCAUGUCAGCCGGCAUGGGCGGCGUGUCGAACCACGGGAAGCUCGCUGAGCGAGGCCCGUCGACGGGCGGACUUCCCGGGCGCGACGUGAGGAAGCUGGGUCUCUGAUUGAAGUUCGGGGGGUUUGCGGUUUGUCGACCCCAGCCGGUUAUUGAUGGAUCGCGACGGUGUCCUACCUACGUCCCGUUGUCUUGCGCCGGAGUUUCUCGGACAGCUUUCACGAUGGAAUUGGCGCGUGGAUG